AAAUGAGUCGUCAAUAAUAAUAAUACAGUAAAUCCUAUCUAUGAAUACAAUAUACUGUAUAAUAAUAAUAAUAAUAUUGUAUUAUUGAAUACACAAUGAGUUUUGAGUAUUAAUACAUUUGUAUUGUUUUGUGUAUACGAUGUCUGAAUGAAUGACUGUUGACAUUGAAAACCAAACGACAACAACAACAACAAGAGAUCAAUUAAAACUUAAAACAUCGGAUCCGAUGAAAACAUUGUCCACCGAAGAAUUGUUGGUCACCGAAUAAAUACAGACAAUGACAUGACGGACACAUUCGUUGAUAACUAUCGCCAAUUGUUGGCCACAACCAUCACCGCCGCAGCCGUCGUCGCCACCAAAACAGUUACGGUUGUAAUCGUUGCGGUGUUGAUGAUUGCCGGCGGCCAUCGGCCAGUGAUUGCCACCAAUGAAUCAGUUGGUCAACAAUCGGGCGGCGGAAUCGGUGGCGGCCUCAACAACAACAACAACAAUCAUAUCAGUAGCGGUUUUGAACGUAACACACAGUUUUUAUUUUGCGGUGAACCGCCAUCGGUAGCCAACGCUGUCUCACAUUUGAUGCGCAACCAGAAGCAUCAUGUAUUCAAAUUGGACGAAAUUGCUGUCUACUCGUGCGAUAACGGCUACCGUAAACAGUCGGGUAACGAUGAAACCAAAUGCGUACAAAUCGAUGACCAACAGAAACCUCGAUGGCAGCCAAUUGAUCUCAUUUGUCAGCCCGUCAAGUGUACAGAUCCGGGAAAUGUUGACAACAGUUCGCGUAAGGUGACCGGCGAAUUGCGCUACAAUACAAAUGUCAACUAUGAAUGUCAUCAGGGUUUCCGUAUGAUCGGCGUACCAGUGCUGACCUGUCGGGCUAACGGUACCUGGAAUCGGGAAAAACCUAAAUGUCAGAUGAAACAAUGUCCAGAGUUGCCCGACAUAGAUAACGGUCGAUUGGUUUAUAGCGAUCCGAUGAGACGUACCGAUAGUAAAGUCGAGUACGUAUGCAAUUCAAACUACAAAUUGAUGACAAUAUCGGCCAUUCGGUAUUGUCGUCAGGACGACUCGUGGAGCGAUCUGCAUGACGUUAACCAGACAACCUCUGCAGCAGCGCCAGCAUCAGCAGCAGCUGCUGCUGGAGGAGGAGCACCGAUAUGUCAGAUGAUCCGAUGCGAGUCACCCGUCCGUCCGCACAGUGGUCUUCGUAUAUUGCCUUCACGGCCCAAAAGUGGCAGCUAUAGGCCCGGCGAUGUGAUAAUCUAUUCAUGUGAUACAAGUUCCAAGACAAAAGCUUCAUCCAAGUGCCUGUCAGAUGGCCAAUGGUCACGCGGACCGCCUCAUUGUCCCGAAAAAAAUAGUUACUGUCCAUCGACAUUGUUGGGCGAAUUUUCAGCCGCAACCGACGGCUACUAUAAUACAACAUUGAAACCAGUCGAAGGUAACGGCUAUAAAGUGGGCACCAGAGCCAUGUUUUAUUGCACCGGUAGCAGCUCCUUAGCUAACAGUCCAGUGCUUGUCUGUCUGCCCAGUGGUGUCUGGAACGGAUCGCUACCGAAAUGUUCGGUAGACAACACUGAAGCUGAAGCUCUAAGCGGCAGCAGUGGUCACCAGUUGACUGUAUUGAUUACAUCAAUUGCCGGACUGGCUGUGAUGGUAGCUGUGAUUACCUGUAUAGUUGUAUGCCGUUGGCGUCAGCAACAGUUGCAACGGCGUCGAUGGCAGCAAUACUUUGGUCACUACAAUCAUCGACAGAGUAAAACCAAUAUAAUGCUCAAUCAAAAUGAAUUGAAAUGCUUCCGUCAGACACCAUCCAAGCCUACAGUUCCUGUCACUGAUUUAUAGGUCUCAUUAUAUUAUUAUUAUUAUUAUUAUUUUAUG